AUGCCGUUCGGUCAAACGAUCGCCGUGAUUGACAAAUCUGGCAAGAUGGUGAGCACGAGUAAGCAAUUGUUCGGAGUCUUCAACCAUGCCAAGGAUGCCUACCGCGAGCGAAAGUCGGCAUAUCAAUCAGAGCGAAAUGCCAAAAUCGCCGAACAGCAGGUCCUUGAACAGCUAGAGCGCUAUCAGAUUGAUGAUGCGCCGUCUGCCGCGGGUUCGCGCCGGAGCCGUGGCACCAGAUCAAGACAUCACAGCGGUCGUAACCGCGCUCCAUCCCAAUAUGGUGAUGGACGGACGGUCGUGUCUCGUCGGGACUCUCAAUAUGACCCCCCACAGACAAUCGCUCGUCGUCAUACCCAUCACGACGUCACAGUGCGGGACGCUCCGCGUCCGUCAACGGCUCGGUCCAGAUCUGAUGCGCAUAUCGACAUGGAUCUUGCAUACGGGGAUGCUUCUCCUGCAGCAUUAUCCCGAUACACACCCAAGGAACCAAACAAUGACCAAAAGGAGCUGGAUGGACUCGUUCAUCGUGCUCAGUGGCUCCUAGAGGAGGCACACUGUGUGCAACACGGUGCUACUGCUACUAUUGCCCACCUUCAGAAGAACCCAGAUGCCAUGGCUGCAGUCGCCCUGACUCUAGCCGAGAUCAGUAACAUCGCCCGCAAGAUGGCGCCCACCGCACUGACCGCCCUCAAGUCAGCCUCCCCUGCUGUCUUCGCCCUCCUUUCCAGUCCGCAGUUCCUCAUCGCCGCUGGAGUCGGUCUGGGUGUGACUGUCGUCAUGUUCGGUGGAUACAGGAUCAUCAAGAGGAUCCAGGGCAACGACACCGAAGCUCCAAACCCGCAACAGCCUCAACCCGAAAUGGAAAUGGAAGAUAUGAUGGAGCUCAACACGCAAGCACUCAGCUCCGUUGAUAUGUGGAGACGCGGUGUCGCAGACGUGCAGGCCGAGAGCCUUGGAACCUCUGUCGACGGUGAAUUCAUCACACCAACUGCCGCAGCCAUGUCCGGCAUUGACGUGACCACCGCGCGAGCACGCCGCGACCCUCGCUUCAAAUUCGAAGACGAUGGUUCAGUCGCCUCAUCCCGUCGCUCUCGUCGUUCCCGAUCAUCUCGCGCUCCAACCCAUGCCCCUUCAGAGCGGCACAGUGAACGCCGCUCCAGGGCUCCUCCGUCUGAGGCUCCCACGGGAUUCUUUUCCCGACCUUCCAGGUCCAAGGCUCCAUCCAAAGCCCCAAGCAGGGCUUCCAGCCAAGCCCCCCGUCGCGCACCAUCAAAAGCUGGCACUUACAUCUCCGAAAGCGAGAAACUUCCCAAGCCCAAAGAGAAGAAGAAAGGCCCCAGCCGCUUACGACUCAUGUUUACGUCCUAA